AUGGUCGCCGCCACAAAUACCAAUCCCCGCACUACUCUCCACCCAGCCAUGAUCCGUCAACCACCCGCCGCCUACAACGCCAAGGGACAAGAUUUCGAAAUGCGCGAACCCUCCAAACACGCCAACAUGUCCAUGUCACCCACCCCCACCGGCACCCUCUCACGCACCAGCAGCACCGAUUCGCACGCUGCCGGAAGCGUGCCCGUACACCAGCGCGGCGGUGGAGGAAAUGGAGGAUUGUGUUGUGGAAUCUGUGCUGGACUCGCUUGUUUUGAAUGUUUGGAGUGUUGUUGUUAG